GUUGUUUGCAGCCAUCACAGAGCAGACAGAGAGGACCUUCAUCGUCGGACAUCCUGCGGCUUGUUUUCAGGCCGAGCUGCAGCAUCCCUCACCAUGACUAAAGAGGAGAACCUGGAGGUGCAGGAGAAGGAGAGGCACGACCGGGAGGAGCAGGAGGAGGGCCGGGUCCAGAAAGAGGAGGAGGAGGCUCUGACGGAGGAGGAGGAAGAGGAGGAGGAGAAAGAAGUGGAAGAGGAGGAGGAGGAGUACGAGCUCGAGGGGGAGGAGAGGGCCGGGGUGGACGACGAGGAGGAUGACGAGCAGGAGGAGGAGAGAGAGGAGAGAGAGGAGCGGGGAGAGGAAGAGGAGGAGCCGCUGACCUGCAGGGAGCAGGAGGCGGAGCUGGAGGCGGAGCCACUGUCCGUGUCCGAGUACCAGAGCCCGGUUCACGAGCCGCGCCGCAGAGCCAUGGUACACCCGUCCGCUCAGGCCCCACUGCCCAAAGACUACACCUUCACCUUCUUCGACCCCAAUGACCCGGCCUGUUUGGAGAUCCUCAUGGAUCCCCGCACCACCAUCCCCGAGCUGUUCGCCAUCGUGCGUCAGUGGGUUCCCCAGGUUCAGCACAAGAUCGACAUCAUCGGCAACGAGAUCCUGAAGCGAGGUUGCCACGUCAACGACCGUGACGGUUUGACCGACAUGACUCUGCUGCACUACAGCUGCAAGGCCGGGGCCCACGGAGUCGGCGACCCGUCGGCCGCUCUGCGUCUCACCAGUCAGCUGAUCUCUCUGGGAGCCGACGUCAGUCUGAGGAGCCGCUGGACCAACAUGAACGCUCUGCACUACGCCGCUUACUUCGACGUCCCAGAGCUGAUCCGGAUCCUGCUCAAAGCUGCUAAACCCAGAGUGCUGAACUCCACCUGCAGUGACUUUCACUACGGCACAGCUCUCCACAUCGCCGCCUCCAACCUCUGCCUGGGAGCCGUCAAGUGUCUGCUGGAGCACGGAGCCAACCCCAGCGUCCGGAACGAUAAGAGCCAGGUCCCCGCCGAUGUGGUCCCCGACCCGAUGGACAUGAGUCUGGACAAAGCGGAGGCGGCCAUGGUGGCCAAAGAGCUGAGGCAGCUGCUGCUGGACGCCGUCCCCCUCAGCUGUAACCUCCCCAGAGCCACGCUGCCCAACUACGACAACAUCCCCGGGAACCUGAUGCUGACCUCUCUGGGACUGAAGCUGGGAGACCGCAUCGUGCUGGACGACAUGAAGAGCGGCACUCUGAGGUUUUGCGGGACGACAGAGUUCGCCAGCGGUCAGUGGGUCGGCGUGGAGCUGGACGAGCCUGAGGGGAAGAACGACGGCAGCGUGGGCGGCGUACGCUACUUCAUCUGCCCUCCUAAGCUAGGGAUUUUUGCCCCCGUCUCAAAGAUUUGCAAAGUCCUGGAUCACACACCUUCAUCCGUCACCUCCACACCCAGGACCCCCCGCCUGGACCUGGCCUCCCGCCUCGCCGGGAAGACCAAGAAGGAGAAAGAGAAGAAGGAGAAGGAGAGAGAGAGAGCCCAGAGGAAGAAGACGUCAGUCGCCAGUCUGGAUCCGGAGGGUCUGAACGUGGAGGUUGGGGAUCAGGUUUUGGUGGCCGGACAGAAAAACGGCGUUGUCCGUUUCUAUGGAAAGACAGACUUCGCUCCAGGUUACUGGUUCGGCAUCGAGUUGGAUCAGCCGACAGGGAAACACGACGGCUCGGUGUUCGGCGUCCGCUACUUCAACUGCCUGCCCAAAUACGGCGUGUUUGCUCCGCCCUCCCGCGUGCAGAGAAUCGGAGGCCCUAAAGACGGCUCGCAGAACGACAAAUCCAUGGUGAAGAAGGUCCACCAAGUCACCAUGGCACAGCCGAAGCGUAACUUCAACACGAUGCGUUCCCCUAAAGACCUGACCUCCGAGAGCUCCAUAUCCAGGUUGCUGUUCUGCUGUUGGUUCCCGUGGAUGCUGCGUGCUGAGAUGCAGUCCUAA